AUGGUGCGCCUACGAGAUAUUCCCCGGACGGCCACCUUUGCGUGGUCGCCCGGCUCCGGAAAACCCAUGGUCGUCACCGGAACAAAAGCCGGUGCCGUCGACGCCGAUUUCUCUGACGAGAGCAAGCUAGAAAUAUGGGAUCUUUCACUCGACAACCAAGACCAGGGCAUCGAACUCCAGCCCGUUGUCAGCAUCACCACAGACUCUAGGUUCUACGAUAUUGCCUGGGGACCUGCCGACGCCGAUCACCCCAAGGGCAUCAUUGCAGGUGCUCUGGAAAACGGCACCCUCGAACUAUGGGACGCCGAGAAGCUCGAGACUGGAGCGUCUGACGCCUCCAUCUCCAAGACGACGAAGCACACCGGUGCUAUCAAGGCAAUCCAGUUUAGCCCCCUCAAGCCCCAACUCUUGGCUACUGCCGGCGCCAAAGGCGAGCUGUUCAUCUACGACAUCGGCGACAUCGAAAACCCCUUUCGUCUGGGAAACGCAGCGGCUCGAUCCGAUGACAUCGACUGCUUGGCCUGGAACCGCAAAGUCUCCCACAUUCUCGCCACCGGAGGGCCUGGUGGCUUUGUGACUGUCUGGGAUCUGAAGACGAAGAAGGCAUCUUUGACCCUAAACAACAACCGCAAAGCGGUCAGCGCCAUCGCCUGGGACCCAACUAACUCAACGAAGCUGCUCACGGCAACCGCCGAUGACAACACUCCCGUCAUCUUCUUGUGGAACUUGCGCAACUCUAAUGCCCCAGAAAAGACUCUGCAGGGACACGAGCAGGGCGUCUUGUCACUGUCGUGGUGCCAACAAGAUCCUGACCUGCUACUUUCAUCAGGCAAGGACAACAAGACGAUUGUUUGGAACCCACAAACGGCAGAGCGCUAUGGUGAAUUACCCGAGGUUACCAACUGGACCUUCCAGACCCGAUUCCACCCUCACAACCCCAACCUCUCAGCUACCGCAAGCUUCGACGGCAAAAUCACUAUUCAAACGCUUCAAAACACAAACCCCGAUAAGUCGCAAGCUGUCAACGAAAAGCCCCUGGAUGAUGAGGAGUUCUUCAGGGCUGCCCAGACCCAGCCUCAGGGAGCCUCUUGGUCAUUGGCCAAGGCACCCAAGUGGCUUGAGCGACCUAUUGGUGCUUCGUUUGGCUUUGGUGGCAAACUCGUUAUUUUUAGGGUGUCAACUCAGGCUGGCCAGGAGCGCUCGUCCAAGUUGGCAAUCUCACAGUUUUCUGCAGAUUCAGAUGUCGCCUCCGCCGUCGAAAAAUUCCAAGAGGCUCUCAACUCCAAUGAUGUGGCCACCCUUUGCCAAGAGAAGAAAGACCAAGCCCAGACCGACGAGGAGAAGGCAGACUGGACAGUUAUCGAGACACUAGUGGGCGAAAAUCCUCGUCCCAAGAUUGUCGAGCAUCUUGGCUUCAAAGAAGAAGACCUAACAAACGGAGCGUCGGCUGAAGCACCUGAGGGACAGGAGGCGGAGGUGGCCACCAAAGAGGAGGAAUCUGUAGACGCAGAGGGCAAGUCCAGACGCCUUUCCAACAUCUUUGGUGAGGGCGAGGGCGAUGGCGAUGACUUUCUUUCUGGUCUGACUGCCAACAAAGGUGCCAAGACUGAUAAGCCCUUCCACCUCUUCAGCGACGGUGACACUUCUGUCGAGAAAGACAUCACAAGAGCUCUGAUGCUCGGCAAUUUUGCCAAGGCCACUGAUAUCUGCUUAAAGGAGAAUCGUAUUGCAGAUGCCUUCCUCAUUGCCAACUGUGGUGGUCAAGAGCUUGUCGAAAAGGUCCAAUCUACCUAUCUCUCUCGCAAGAAUGAUACCCCCAGCUACCUGCGUCUCAUCAGCUCCGUUGUCGAGAAGGACCUAUGGGAUAUCGUAUACAACGCAGAUCUUGAGAAUUGGAAGGAGACCAUGGCUAUCGUCUGCACUUUCUCGGAUCCAACUGAAUUCCCAGAUCUUUGUGAGGCUCUGGGAGACCGGAUCAACGAGCAGGGCCAACGCAAAGACGCCUCAUUCUGUUACCUUGUGGGUUCAAAACUUGAGAAGGUUGUUGCCAUCUGGGUGGAUGAGCUCAAUGAAUCAGAGCAAGCUGGAGUGAAGGAAGAAUCUGGCAGUUCUACCUUUUCAGUGCACACUCGAUCUCUGCAGAGCUUCAUUGAAAAGGUGACCGUCUUCCGCCACGUCGCCAAAUUCCAGGACAAAGAGUUGGCACAGACAGCCGAUUGGAAGCUGGCGACUCUAUAUGACAAGUACACUGAAUACGCAGAGAUUCUCUCCGGCCAGGGUAAAUUGGAAGUUGCUCAGAAAUAUCUGGAUUUGCUGCCCGCCACUUAUCCGGCUGCCGAGCUGACCAGGAGCCGAGUGAAGCAGGCCACGCAAAAGAAGCCUGCCGCUGCACCGGUUUCAGCAGCUCGCCGAACGCCAUCAAUCCCUUCCGCAGGAAAGCAGCCGUCUGUGGUGGGCUACCAGCCUCCCCAACCUGCCCCUAUUCAAGCUCCCGUGAACCCAUACGGUGGGCUGCAACAGACUUCACCAUCAGUCUCCACAGCUCAACAGUACAAGCCACCAGUUAACCCCUAUCAACCACAAGGCUAUCAGCCCCAGGGAUACCAACCCCAGGGCUACCAGCCUCAGAAUCAGUUUGGAUUUACCGGAGCGCCAAUUGCACCACCACCUAUCAGCGGGCCCCCGAGGAACACGACGCCAUCAGCAGGCCCUCCGCCAUCCAAGUCCAAGAAUAUGGAGAACUGGAACGAUGUCCCUAUGGUGACGAAGGUUGCGCCGCGAAGGUCAACGCCCGGCGUAACGCCCAUUGCAUCGCCUUUCGGAGCUCAACAGGGCCAAGGACUACCUCCCCCUCCUCCGUCAGCAACAUCGCCUUAUGGGCCCGGUGCUAGGGCUAGUCCUCCUCCACCACCCAAGGGACCAGCUCCUCCUCGAGUACAGUCCCCAUUAGCCGGACCUCCGGUUACUGGACCACCUCGAACCUCUUCUGCGGCGGCCAACCAAUAUGCUCCGCCAACCCCCAUAGCCGGAGCUAUCCCAACUCACGCGGCUCCUCCGGUUAUGCCACGCACAGCUUCGCCUUAUAACGCUCCUCCUGCCGGACCCCCUGUUUCCAAUAGGUACGCGCCAGUGACGGCAUCUCAGCAGCAGCCGGGACAGUAUUCCGGCUCUGUGCCGCCACCUCCCGGCCCGGGAAGCAGGCCUCCGCCGCCUGCGAACCCCUAUGCGCCACCAGUUCAACAGCAGCCGGCAUCGCCCAGUCCAUAUGCCCCAUCCCCAUAUGCUCCCGCGCCUGGACAGGUACCAGCCAGUCAGCCACCGCCAACAGGACCUCCUCCGAUGGGUCGUCCUGGUCCUCCGCCUUCGACGGCAUCUGCUCCUCCGCCACAGCAGGCCGCACCACCCCCAGCAGCCAAGUACCCUCCCGGUGAUCGGUCGCACAUCCCAGCCCACGCCCAGGUGCUGGUGGAUAUCCUGAGCCAAGACAUGCAGCGGGUAGCAUCCAAAGCACCCCCGACAUUUGCCCCUCAGGUUAAGGAUACGCAGAAGCGUCUGAACAUUUUGUUCGAUCACCUGAACAAUGAGGAGCUUGUCCAACCGUCAACGAUUGAGCAGCUCUCACAACUAGCCCUCGCCAUUCAAACCAGGGACUACGCUACGGCCCAGAGGCUGCAGCUGGAGAUUAACCGGGAUAAGACUGAAGAGUGUGGUAACUGGAUGGUUGGAGUUAAGCGACUUAUCAGCAUGAGCAAGGCAACUCCUUGA